AAAUUUUUUGAAAAUUUCCAAAUAAAAGUGUUUUUAAAUGAAAAAGAAGUAAUUAAUCGUGAUUAAUUAAUGAAUUUACUAUUAUUUUUGAAUUCUGUGCAUUUGUAAAGAUUCAUAGUACUAAUUCGAAUCGAUUUUAACUCACAAAACCGUGCAAAUAUGAACAUAUGGAGUUGAAUUGCGAUGGUAAAGUAAACCAACUUUGAGUGCCAGGAGAACAAUCUUCCCAUUUUUUUCAAAUUUUUAACGAUAAUUCGUGCCGUAUCGUCUACAUAAUUGUUACAAAAUGCGUAACAUACCAUCGAACGUUGUUGAAAAAACUUGACGUAAUGAUUUACGUUGAAACUGCGAAGUUAUUCUCAUGCCAAGUUCAUCAAACUAACCAGAAUGUUUGCCGGAUCUUAUCAUUUUUUCAUCGUGAUCGCACUGUGUUACGCGAUUCUGUAUCUAAUUGAUGGUCUACUGAAGUUUUGGUUAGGAUCUUCGUACGUUGUACUGCAGAUCAGUCAUGGAGUCAAGAUAAAACCAUUCAUCAUUACGUGGUUUACGUCGUAUUUCAACCGAUGCAUUCAGAAGUUCGGCACAUGGCGACCGAAAUUUCAAAAGACUUGGUUUUCGCUCGGAAUGUGGAUUACGUUGUUCUGCUUGCCAUUUGCUGUUUACUUGACACUUCAAUCUACCUGCGCAUUGUUUAUUAAUAUAGUAUGGAAGGAAACCAAGCGAACAACGUCUCCUUUUCUUAAACCCGUCGUACCAGGGGUCGAUUUACCAAUAUCGGAUGUUGGAUAUUAUAUAUUCACUAUACUCAUUUGUUGCAUUUUUCACGAACUAGGACACGCUAUAGCUGCAGUAAGAGAAGGAAUCCACAUCACCGGCAUUGGCUUGGUUUUAUUCUUCAUUUUCCCGGUGGCUUAUGUUCAAUUGGAAGGAACGGAAUCUUUGUCUGCUAUCAAACAAAUACGAAUAUGUUGUGCCGGUGUUUGGCAUAACAUUGUGUUGACAUUCCUCGCAUAUCUUAUUUUGUUAUUUUUGCCCUGGUUCAUUUACCCUUUUUACGAGUACGGUAACGGCGUCCAAGUUACUUCAAUUCACAAAAAUUCGCCUUUAUCAGCAGAAGGAGGCCUUAAAGUACACGAAAUUAUUGUGGGUAUCAACAAGUGUCGUGUAACGAAUCAAGACACCUGGAUCAAAUGCAUAUAUCAAGUAGCUAAGAAUCCUGCAUCAGGAUAUUGCGUUUCUUCGGAAUUUAUUCAUGAGAACGACGAAUCAGUUCGAGUUCGACAACAACAUAACGUCGUAGAAUGCUGCAGAAACGAUUCGUUAUCCAAAAUAUGUUUCGAAUACCUGGAAAAAGGCGACAAUCCUAUCGAACUACCGCAGUAUUCCUGUUUGAAAGCUCGUCUAGUGGUUGAGCAAUCAACGGCGAGCUGCUCAUCGGCCGAAGACUGCUCAGGAUUGCAUUGCUUUCGGCCCUCGUUAGCUAAUGGUACAAAAUUAAUCGAGAUCGAAAGGAAGAACCAGAACAAGGCGUUAUUUUUAGGAUACCCUAAUGAGAUCCUUCACGACGUACAUAUUUCCGAAUAUAUCAACACUACUUAUUUUACGACCACUUUACCAAAUAUGGUGGCAAAAUUUUGCAAUUUUUUAAUCAUGUUUUCGGCUGGAAUAGCUGUCUUGAAUUUGAUACCGUGUUUUUUCUUAGAUGGUCAACACAUAACUCGUUUAUUAGUAAAUAUAUGUUUGGGUAAGAAUGUGCGAUUGAGGAAAAACAAACUCGCCGUUUCUCUAUCGAUUACUAUAUUGGGUAGUUUCGUUCUAGUCAUUUACGCGUUUUUAACUUUUUAUUCGAUGUUUAUUACGUUAAGUCUGUCGUGAUAUGUACAUAUUUUGUUUGUUUCUUUUUAAAUUAAAACGAAAGAUGAAGUUUCGUAAAA